CUUCUUCUUGAUCUUCUUCAACAACCACUGACAUCACAUUCUCCCGUCGGCUUGCGGGAAGUAACUCUGUAAUGAACACUGUAAAGCCGUUCAUUCCUCGUUUCUCCGCCUUGCUUCGCAAGAAACUGUUUCCAAUGCCUUCUCCCGGGCCACCAUUACCGCCCGGCAUACUCGUUGAUGAAGAGAUCUCGCCAGUAUACGAUUCCAAGUACUUCUACCCAGCCAGGCCUGGAGAGGUACUCGCCAAUCGUUACCAAACCUUGGUCAAAGUUGGCUGGGGCGUGUCUUCAACAGUAUGGCUCGCGCGUGACCUGCAAGGGCAUAUCAAAGAGCCAGAGAGCGUCGUGGCACUAAAAAUUGUCAAUAACAAUGCGAGUUUCGCUAGUCACGAGCGCGAAGUUGAAGAGCAUAUUUCCACGGCAGACCCAUCACAUCGCGGUCGGUCACUUAUCCGAACAUUACUAGACUCUUUCGAAGUUAAAGGCCCAGACGGUUCCUAUCCAUGCCUUGUGUAUCCGCCUAUGAGGGAGUCCUUGUCGACGUAUCAGCGGCGCUUUGACGACAGAAAGAUGCCACUGCCCCUCAUUAAAACAUACAUUCGUGCUCUUCUUACAGGGCUCGACUAUCUGCAUGAAGUGUGCAGGACAGUUCAUACAGAUCUAAAGCUCGAGAACAUCAUGGUCUCAUUCGAGGAUCCUACCGUGCUUGCAGAUUUCAUGGAUUCUCAGCUUACAAAACCGAUGGCUUUCAAAAUUGACUCGGCGGGACGACCAGUGUAUCAAUCCCUUAAUGACUUCGGGCCGCUCAAAAGCUUGAGAAGUAUACCACAGCUUGUCGACUUUGGCUUGGCAACCAGACUCGAGGAAGACGACGACUGGGGCGUUUGGCCUAUUCAGCCAGACCACUAUCGGGCACCAGAGGUGAUACUGGGUAAUGGAUGGCAAAUGCCUGCGGAUAUUUGGAAUCUUGGCGUUUUGUUGUGGGAUAUGAUCGAAGGCAGAGAGCUAUUCCAGCAUAUUCAUGAUCACGAAGGUCGCUACGAUGCUAAACUACAUAUCGCCGAAAUGAUAGCCUUACUCGGUCCACCUCCUCCAGAGGUCAUACAAAGGUAUCAAUAUAUGCGAGAGUACUCGUGGCCGAAACCUGUCAGACGAGAAGACGGCAGAGUAUGCGAGACCGCGGAGGAGUAUUUUUGUGGGCCAUUCUUUGACGAAAAAGGUCGAUUCCUCUAUGAAGCCCUGAUCCCUGACCGCAAACUCUGUGACACACCUUCAUUCCUGGGGGAAAGGAGAAGGAAUUGUUUUUGGACCUCGCCAAGGAAAUGCUUGUCUGGCAUCCAGAUGCGAGAAAAAAGGCUGGCGAACUGGCUGGGCACCCUUUUCUUCAACCAAAGUAAAUAAGCGCCUAAUUUCGAGUGUUCUGCUGAAGAAUGAGGAGCUCGGAUGAGGAGUCUUUGUGUCAAGGGCAUAUAAUAAUGGUUGUGAAGAAUCCGAUCAACUUCACAGGAAGAACGUUUUCGCUGGGUUUACCUCAACUUUAUAUGCACCGCCAAGAAUGGUUCCGAGAAUAAUGUAUAUCACAGAAGUAUACGAGCAAGGUACUUUUUGACGGUUCGAGAUGAGCACUAUGUGCCUAUUGGUCGGACGCCUUGUUGGCGGUUCGGAAUCGCAUCCUGAACUCGUGCCACGACGCAUCUAUUGAAUGCAGCCAAAACCGUACGAUGUAAUAUUUCCGUUACUUGGACUCAAACCGCCAACUGACAGAAUAUCUCAACACUCAGUCAUGGAUAGUUGUCUGCAGG